AUGCCCCAGCCGGCGCCGCGGGCGUCCACGCCGCCCCCCGGGCCGCCGCCGUCAGCGCUGGGGCCGUCACUGCCGCCCGCCGCAGACUCCGGGGACUCCAGCCGCCCUCACAGUUACCCUGGUCGAUUCGUUGCACUGGUCGUGACAAGACCCUCAGAUGUUAUCGAUGGGUCAUACGUUUGGGGAAUGAUUGCCAACAUGUGUCUUGGGAGCCAUCCCAUUAGAAAAACAUCUUCAACCACAUUAACAGAUGAGGUGCAGAAGAAUAAGAAGAGGACUGGAAGCAAUAUAAAUAUUAAUCCAACUCAAAUUCUAAAAUUAGCAAAAAAGGAUAAACUUACUAAAAUUAAGGAUUCAAAAGAUGAGGAACAAACCCAGUUUGUCAAGGACUUCUUGAAAGGCAACAUCAGGAAGGAACUGUUUAAGCUGGCCUCUACCGCAAUUUACUUCACAUAUUCAGCCCUCGAGGAGGAAAUGGAGUGCAACAAAGACCACCCAGCCUUUGCCCCCUUGUACUUCCCCAUGGAGCUACACCGGAAGGAGGCACUGACCAAGGACAUGGAGUAUGUUUUUGGUGAGGACUGGGAGGAGAAGGAGCUGUGCUCUGAGGCUUCCCAAAAGUACAUGGAAUGGAUCCAUUACCUGGGGCAGAAUGAGCCAGAGCUACUGGUGGCCCAUGCCUAUACCUGCUAUAUGGGGGACAUUUCAGGGGGACAAGUGCUGAAGCAGGUGGCCCAGUGGGCCCUGAAACUUCCCAGCACAGGAGAAGGGACCCAGUUCUAUCUGUUUGAGAAUGUGGACAAUGCACAACAGUUCAAGCAGUUGUACCGGGCCAGAAUGAAUGCCUUGGACCUGAACCUGAAGACCAAAGAGAGGAUUGUGGAGGAGGACAAUAGGGCCUUUGAGUACAGCAAGCAGAUAUUGGAUGAAAUGGACCAUGCUGGCUCCAUGUUGGCCAGGGAGACCCGGGAGGAUGGGCUCCCCGUGCACGAUGGGAAAGGAGAGGUGUGCAAAUGCCGGUACUAUGCUGCUAAACCAGACAGAGGUGCCGUGGAGGGCAGCAGCUGCCCCUUCCAAACAGCCCUGGCUGUGCUGAGUAAGCCCAGCCUGCAGUUCUUUCUGGUCACUGGUGUGGCCCUGGUUGCUGGCCUCCUGGCCUGGUACUACAUGUGAAGGAACCAUCAUACCACGUUGGCGCCUUCCUCCCGAGUGACCAAUGGCCUGCCCCCACCUCCACCGGUGACAAAGCUACCACCUCAGGUGACU